AUGGAUUUUCGGGAUUUGUUUAUCCUUAUCUUCUUCUGUUUCUCUAUUCUUUCACCAGAUUUCUUCCUCCAAUCAUCAGGAUUUAGAGAAAUGCCAGCAUCAGUGAUCAGAUUGCCGAAUGGUGAUUCGUAUGGUCAUCCUUUUGAUCCAACUCGGGUCACCCAAAUUUCAUGGCACCCAAGGGCAUUCUUAUAUAGGAACUUUUUAACAGAUAAAGAAUGCGAUCAUCUCAUUAAAGUGGCGAAGGAUAAGCUCGAGAAAUCUAUGGUUGCGGAUGUUAAAUCGGGUAAGAGUGUAGAAAGUAAGGUUCGUACGAGCUCAGGCAUGUUUCUCAAGAAAGCUCAGGAUGACGUAGUUGCUGGUAUUGAAUCAAGAAUUUCUGUUUGGACAUUCCUUCCUGUAGAAAACGGGGAGGCUAUGCAAAUAUUGCAUUACGAGAAUGGUCAAAAAUACGAGCCACACUGGGAUUACUUUCAUGAUAAAAUCAAUCAGGCAGUGGGUGGUCACAGGAUAGCCACUGUACUUAUGUAUUUGUCUAAUGUUGAGAAAGGUGGGGAGACCGUAUUCCCCCAUUCAGAGAUAAAAGAAUCUCAACCGAAAGCUGAGGAGGACUGGUCUGAAUGUGCAAAAAAGGGCUAUGCUGUGAAACCCAAGAAGGGUGACGCGCUGUUGUUCUUUAGCCUUCAUCCUAACGCCACAAUUGACCCUUUGAGCUUGCAUGGGAGCUGCCCCGUGAUUGAGGGGGAGAAAUGGUCCGCAACCAAAUGGAUCCACGUCAGGAGUUUCAGUCAUAGGCGAAGUAGAAAGCAAGGGUGCUGGGACGAAAAUGCCAAUUGUGCUGCAUGGGCUGUUCGUGGCGAAUGUGAUAAGAACCCUCUCUAUAUGGUGGGUUCUGCUGAUGCUCCUGGAAACUGUAGGAAGAGUUGUAAAGUAUGUUAG